AUGUGCACAGGAGACUGCGCAAAAUUUAUCGGGGUGUCACUGUACCCGUUCUGUGCCCUAUGCAUGAUCUGUAACAUAUUACUGCUCUUCCCUGGCUGGACCACCGAGGCUGUGAAUGACUCCCAGGAGAAGCUCACACCUGAAGUCCUGUAUUUCGGAGGACUUCUCGGAAGUGGAGUUCUGGUCCUAAUUCCUGCAAUUUGCAUACAGUACACUGGUCUUCGGGGAAAACUUAACAACCGAGUCGGGAUGCUCGUCUCUAUCAUCUUGGCGGCAGUUGCUGUUUGUGGAUCCAUCUAUGGAUUUGUCACCUCGUUGCUAGGCCUCAUUUAUGGCCCUCAGUGUUAUUACAAAUUUAUUAAUGGACAAAACCGCUGGACCGCCCCCUUCAAACUAGAAAGAGAAUUCAUAGACCUGGAGCGCAGCUACCUGUUCCAAAGGGAGGUCUGGUCCCGUUGUUCUAUACCAGUAGGUGUGGUUGAGUUCAACGUCAUCUUAUUCUCCACUAUCAUGGUGGCCAGUGCAAUUCAAGUUGUCCUCUGCACGAUUCAGAUGGUCAAUGGUCUUUUCGGUGUCCUCUGCGGAACCUGCCAAAGGAGAUUCCACUUUUAG